AUGGCUCAGGCUGUGCUGCUGUUUGUUGAGUAUUUGGAUAAAACAUAUUUGGGGGAACGAAUGCUUCUGCCAUGUGUUAUUUGCGAUUAUCGAAUAGAUGCCGAGCAAACAGGCGAAAUUGUGGAUUCAGGUUUCACUACCAAUCUUCUUUUACGUGAACACCUUGUUGAAUGUCAUGCGAAAUUUGUUGCUCGCGCCCUACUCGCUCCCAAUGAAGAACCUGUAGAAGAUAUUUUCGCACCAACAACAUUGGAAUCAGCAAUUCAACAAGAAUCAGAGGUAGAAAGCGAAUUAUUUGCUGACAGAAGUAGUUAUGAUUCAACAAAUCAGGAUCAGCAACAGAUAUUGUUCUCGACGUCACUUCCAAAUGGAUCAAAAGCAAUUCGUAAAUCAACUUGUCAAGUUUGUCAUGUGGAUGUGUGCACUACAGCACGUCAGCGACACGUUUACCAAUUUCAUCUUCGCAUAUCCAAUUUAUUCCAGUGUUCUCUAUGUGAUUACACUAACAAUAAUUCAGUUUGGGAAAUGCGCAAGCACUGUACUACAGCUCAUCAGGGAAAUGCAUAUCCAGUGAGCAAUGAAGAAGAUCACAAACUUGAAAUACAGAGUUGGAAUCAAAAAUGCUUUCCGGAUUGGAAGCUGAAAAAAUCACCUUUAUCAAGACAAACUACUACUAUUAAGAAAGCAAAGAUAAUUGCUGAUGGCCUUCAAGCAGAAGAAGAUGGAAAUGUUGAAGGAAGUAAUUAUUGUGAUGAAGUAAGCAAGUUUGAAAUAGAAGUUGGUAGUGGAGAGUGUAGCCUAAGACAGUCAGCAGUAGCAGCUGUUGUGGACGAUCGAACUUGUCAUCUUUGCUGGGAAGAAUCUCGUUAUCCUGGACGUCAUAUAGCUCAAAAACAUUUAAAGAAACCACUCUACCAGUGUCCAAUUUGUACAGUUUUUGGGAGUUACGAGAGUUGCACUGUGAGUAAACACAUCAACAAAGUUCAUCCAGAACAUUCUGCAGCUCUUCCAAUAUCGAAUUUGGAGCAAUAUGCGCAAGAGAUUCGUGAUUUGCAGAAAAAGUGUUUCCCAAAUCGGCCGAUGAAACUAGUUCGACCACACGUUGGUAAUCGUCCUCGAGAACGACAUAUCUGCCAACUAUGUAAAAUACAGGUGGCUCAAUCUGAUCGUCAGCGACACGUUUAUCAUCGUCAUUUGAAGCAACAACGAAUUUUCGAAUGUCCUUUGUGUCCAUUUGCUUCAAAUUAUGAUAUUCAUCGUGUAAAAUGGCAUAUCAAAUGGAUGCAUAAAGAAGAUCCUAACAUAGAACCUUUUUCUCAUGAAAAUGAUUAUAAGCAUAUUUUUAGAGAUGAAAUAGACCGAUUAAACGAACGGUGCUUCCCAGGUUGGCAGCAUCGACGAAAGCAAUUUUGGUGGUUGAAUGCAAGCAUGGAUAAAAAGCAGAAUGAAUCUCCUGAAGCAAAUCAUCAAGAAGAGAACGAAUUGUCUGCAGAAGCAGAUGUCCGCGAAUCUUCUUCCGACAAACAGCUUUCAGAAGAGCAUACCGAAAGAGUUGAAGAUGAGUGGACUUGCAUGUUAUGUAAGAAAGAAUUCAAGCCUUCAUCUAAUUUUUUGCGUCAUGUAGCAAAAGAUCACUUGAAGAUUAGUCUUUAUCAUUGUCCAAUAUGUAAAUGUUACGGAGGUCAAGAUGCUUAUGAAAUACGCUGUCAUAUGCAAAAAGUACACGAUGGUUGCACUCACGAACCUUCAUCUAAUAUUGAAGAAUAUGCAGACGAAAUACAGCAAAUGUAUCAGAAAUGUUUUCCGAGUCGGAGGUUGAAAAAUUUGUGGGCAGAAAAGAAAGCAAAUCAAGAUGGAAAAGGUUUGGAGGAACUGAAAGUGCAAUGUCGAGAAUGUGGACAAGAAAUGAAAACGGAAGAUCGACAGAUUCAUGUGUACAGACAUCACUUGAAGGAGCCACGUCUUUAUGAAUGUCCACUUUGUGAAUUUUCUCAUCAUGCGUGCUCCUCAGAUGUCAAAGCUCAUAUCAAGUACGCACAUCGUGAAAAUGCACAUUUAGCGCCAAAGGCGAAUUUAUUAAAAUAUUCGAAAGAAAUCGCUGAAUGGAAUUUGCGUUGUUUUCCUGGUUGGAUUAAUCGACGAUUGCCUACCUCUGCUUUAGAAGAUUUUAAUAGGUGUUCACUUACAAUGUUUUUUAUAUCAUCUUUUUUAAAAUGUCGACUUUGUGACUUGGAAGUACGUCAAACCUCACGUCAUAUUGCCGAAUGCCAUCUUAACAUGUCGCUUCAUGAGUGUCCUUUAUGUAAUUACGGAGCAGCCGAAAGUCGCCUUGUCCGAAGACAUAUGAAGAAUGGUCAUCGAAAAAGAGAAGUUAAAGGAAUGCUACCUAUUGCAAAUGUUGUGAAGCACCGAACAGCCUUUUCGGAAAUGCACGAUCAGUGUUUUCCUGGACGACCUAAACGGCUCUCAAAUAUCACUAUUUCCGAUGAAGGACGACGGACAAAAUGUCGUCAGUGUGGUUCUACUAUUAGCAGAAAACGACGUCUGAGUCAUUUGCUAGAGAAACAUCUCGAAAAACCUAUGUUUAGAUGCUCAUUGUGUUCAUUUCAAUCAAUUCACGACGAAACUGCAGUCAGAAUUCAUAUGCGAGAGGAACACAAAGAUGAAGAAGGUCAAAUAAUCAAUGAUCUCAUAAAAUACAAAGCGGAAGUAGAAAUGAUGGCAAAAAGUUGUUUUCUCGACUGGCAACUACGACUUUAA